AAUUACUUUCAUUAAUGGUAGUAGUAUUUGGAAAGUACGAUGUUGAGUUAAUUGAUAUGAAGGCGCCACUAAAGACAGAAAGCGGGGCAAUAACCAUUUGUGGAGAAUUGCCAGUUAAAAUUAGACCUAGAAAAUAUCCAUUGUAG